AUGGAGCAAGUAAUGGGAUAUUCCAUGGACGGUUUGCCUCAUGUUGGAGUUGUGCCAGGUACCGAAGGCCAAUUCAUGAUAGCUGGCUUCACCGGCCACGGAAUGCCACAAAUAUUGUUGGCUGCUGAAGGUUUAGUAGAGAUGAUAGUGGAUGACGUGUCGUUCGAACAUACAAAAUUACCACGGUUCUUCAAGGCAAAGGCACAGAGGCUGCUCCGAAGGCAGGAGAACAGGCAUUUGGACGCUUUAACCAUUGAUUCGUAUCAGUCUGAGGCUCGAGCCCGUUUAUAG